CCUUAAAUACUCAGGCUGCCAACCUCUGGGCCUUGCUCAAGGCCCCUCGUCUUGGCACAAAGAGCAAUGUCGACUAGCCGCAAAUUAAAGAGCCAUGGCAUGAGGAGGGGCAAGAACAGAACUCCUCACAAGGGUGUCAAGAGAGGUGGCAACAAAAGAAAAUACCGGAAAAGCAGUCUGAGGAGUAGGAAAAGGAGCGAUGACGCCAACCGCAAUUUUCGCUCCCAUGUUUGAUCAGCUAGCAGGAUCUGCCCUGGUAAACUUCAAGCACCACCAGGCAGCAAGGAGACCACAGAAGGGAGGACUGCCAAGGAGACCUGAAAUCAGAGCUCGAAGCCAGAAAACAGCCCAUCACCUGUCGUGUCAGUGGUGAAAUACCAGACAUGACAAAAUGAGAAAUCCAUAUUGGCCGUUUCUCCUCCGUUCAAUAAAAUUUUGAGG